GUUUGACAUGAAUCACAAAUCAGAAAACAUGUCGAUUCGCUUUUCUAGCGCUUGCCCUUAUUUAUAAUAAAUCUCAGUGUUUUGUCGUGAUAUGUUGAUUUGUUCUCAAGAAACAAUAAUUGUGACCGAUUGUGAUGAAGUAAUGUGUAGAUUUUAAGUAAUAAAAUGGAAACAAAUGCAAAUCAAAAGGUGUCAUGUGUAGCGAACUAUGUGUAUGACGCAUCGGAAGCGGACGAGCUGUCGCUGCGGGUGGGCGAUGUGCUGCAAGACGUGGAGCGGCUGCCCGGCGGCUGGUGGCGGGGGGAGCUGAGGGGGAGGCGGGGCAUGUUCCCUGACAACUUCGUGUCUGUUGUUGAUCAUGUUAAUAACAGGUCGGGGGGCGUGCAGGGCCGGUGCCGCGCCGUGUUCAGCUACCAGCCGGCCAACCCUGACGAGCUGCCGCUGUCUGUUGGCGACGUGCUCGACGUCCUUGCUGAGGUGGAGGAGGGGUGGUGGCAGGGGCGGCGCGGGGGGCGCGUGGGCGUGUUCCCCUCCAACUUCGUGGUGAUGCUGGACCCGGCGCCCGCGACGGCGGCCGUGCAGAGCGAGCCCGCGCCCGCGCUGCCGCCUAAACCUGUAAAGGAGCUCUGUCGGGUGCUAUUCCCGUAUUCGGCUGCGAAUGACGACGAGCUAUCUCUCUCCGAAGGCGACAUCGUGACGGUUCUGUCGAAGGAGGCGCCGGACCGCGGCUGGUGGCGCGGCGAGCUCAACGGCAGGCAGGGCCUGUUCCCCGACAACUUCGUGCAGUUACUGCCGGCUGUAUCGCACGAUGUAACAGAAGAGAAGAAGCCCGAGCGGCCGCCCGGCAAGACCAACCUGUACCCCUCGCUCAAUAAGUACACGGAAAAGACAUGCUCCACCAAGGAACUUAGCACCUCUAAGAUAAGUUUGCACAAAGAAAACACAGUGAGUAAGGAAAGCAGCAUACAGAGUACAGUCACGCACACAAACAAAAGCGAAUCGGAGAAGAUCGUUCACUCCGAGUCGGUGACGGAUGGCGUCGAUGGACAGAUAAAGAAACCUCCCGUGCCGACCAAGAAGAGUCCGACGCCAUCGUCCGGGGUCACUGGCCUCUUCAGCGGCUUGAAGAGCAAAAUGUUAUCGUCCUCAGAUAAAGACAAGUCAUCGACCGUAUCAUCGAGCGCCAGCAACAGUAGCGGCGAGUGGGACCGCUCGGAGCCGCGGGACAAGCCGGACGGGGGCGCCGCGAGCCGCCAGCCCCGCGCCAGCACGUUCGACCACGUCGAGCGCCACUCCAUGCUCAACGACCCGAGGGCCGGCAGAGUAAAAGCGCCGCGACGACGACCGCCAAGUCAAGCGUUCAGAGACGACACGCCGCAACAAAUAGGACUUAGCAAUGGACAUGAAGUCCCAACAGACAAGCCGAAAAGCCCGCAGCCGCCUACAACAGAAAGCUCCGAAAAAGCAGAAGAGAUCAAACCCAAGGCGCGCGAGUGGGAGAAGCACCGCGCGCCGUGGAUGGCCGAGCUCAAGCUCAACCAGGCCAAGAAGACCAGCCUCGUGUCCGAGACCGGCAAGUCUCGGUCUGUGUCUUCUAGUGACGGCAUGGGCCCUAAGAGCAACUCGGGUAGUACUGAGAGGAUACUAGAGUGCGGGCUGGAGGAGAAGCGGUCGACGCACUCGGUGGAGAUGUCCAAGAGCACGUCGUCCAUCGCCGGCCGCGUCGCCGUAAGGGAGAGCUUCGACGAGCUCAACAAGGAGACGAAGGUGCGUCACUCGCUGGACUCGAAGAAGGAGUCUGCAGCGCCGCGCGAGGCGGAGGCGGCGCCGCGCACCGUGCCCGCUAACAACGCGCACUCGCCCACUGCCGCUGGUCGGACCUUCACGACAAUGCUGGACGACAUGAAGAAGCAGCCGGCGCCCGCCGCCUCCAUACGAACCAACACCGCCGAGCUCAACGACAAAACUGCCACCAAAGUCGAGAGAAUAUCCUCCACCACCACGGAAAAAUACAUGGAGAUUAAAACCUCUAGUGGCACGGUUACUAGUGAGAAAACCGUAGAAGGGAAAUUAGAUAAGCAGAGCAGUGUGGUGGGUAAAGAGAACAGUGUGGGAGGGAGAGAGAAGGGUGUGGGAGCGAGAGAGAAGAGUGUGGAGAGGAGUGUGAGCUCAGUGGGCGGCACUCUGGAGCGACGGCACAACGCCAAGUCGCCGGCCAGAGACAAGAGCGAAGCGCUAGAGGAGUUAGUCACGCAACUUAGUAAUAGGAUAUUAAACUUAGAGAAGCUCCUAGAAGUACAAAACGCGAAAUUCAACGCCACGAUAGAAGAGUUGAACUCAAAGCUGGCCCUGGAGGUUGAAAAGAGACAGGCGCUACAGUCAGAGGUGGAGAAAUUGGCCCACUGCGUCACGCAAGUUUAGCUCUAACUACCGCGGCCGAGGAGUCAAUUUACUUUAGCCACGUGCCAACUCGGCCUUGUUCGUCUGUAACUCAUUCCAAGUAGGUAUGUACUCGCCUAUUAACGGUGUUUUGUAAAGAAAUUUUAUAUAAGCUUAAACUUGUAUGUAGCUUAAAUUAUAUUGUAACGAGUCAUAAUAAGAGAUUUAGAUUAUAUUAAUUAUAAUUUACGUCACAAUUCAUGCGCUGCAGUAUGCGUGGUGUCGCGCGGAUAGGUCAUGUAAUGGCACUCCUUAUUUUUGAUAACUUUAUAAUUUUCCCACCCUUGAUGUUUUCAGUACGGCCAUAAAGUCUUUUUUAUUCUUACUCUUUACUUAUACUAACUUAUAAAUUGUUCAAAAGAAAGCGUAAUACUUAAUGCCUAAUCGGUGUAGUUAGAAUAUUGUAGUUAGGAAUAAUGAACGGCGUGAUGUUAAUAAAUACAAAAUUUGUGCCAUUUUAUUUGAUCGCACGUGGGUGCCAGCUUGAUGCUUGUGGACAUAUUGUCUGGUAUAUUCAUAUUGUAACGGACGCAUAAUAUCAUUCAAAGUGAUUACACAUUCCAUUAUCAGUACUAUUUUAGUUACGUAAGUGAAGUAUUAUGUUGUAACUCCCCAAGAAGGUGAACCAUAUAUUAUAUUUUUAUUAAAUAUUUUUAUAUUUGUACAGAAAGAAAUCGGUGACCGAAUAAUAA